AUGUCAUCCGACUCGAAGACACAGUCUAAGUCAAUCUUUGCAAAGCCGCCAGUUAAGAUCACUGUUGGCAGUGACGCGCGCGUUUACUACGUCCACCGUGGAACGCUUGAGGUUCACCCCGCAUUCGAUGCCCGACUAAAGGCGUCAACCGAGGAAUACGAGGAUGCGAUCGAUUGGUCCGCUUUUGACGAGCAGACCAUUAACUGUGUCUUGAGCUUCCUUUACACUGGAGCCUAUCAGGCACCUCAAGCGACCUCUGUGGUAGUUGAGGUAGUUGAGGAAGAUGAGGCAGAUGAGGCAGAUGCAGCAGAUGCGGGGGAAGAGGCCCCAGCGCAAGACGGAGAAGAAGAAGAAGAAGAAGAAGAACAAGAAGUUGUAGCAGAUGAGGAAGUGGAAGCGGAAGAGGAAGACGCCGAUGCAGAAGCACCAGCGUCACCAGUUGCAAAGUCACCAUCUCAUGCUUCAUGGCCACCAUCCCCGCCUUCAAGGUCCCCUCCGCCACCUGAGAGCCUACAGUCACAAGCUUCAUGGCCAAAUUCGCCAUCUCCAAUGUUUCGUGUACCUGCAAGGUCACCGUCCCCAGAUGCCGAGUCAUCCAUAGCCCCAGACUCGCCACCAUCUCAGGGCCUAUCAGACUGUGACUUAAAUGACCGACCCCUGACUCCUUUGGAAUACUGUGAUGGGGUCACUCUAAUCACAGAGCACGUCUCCGGGCAAAACGUUCCAGACCACGAAAGGCAAGGCCAAGACCAAGAAGAAGAGUCAGAACAAGAAGCCGAAGGACACUCUGCUGCCGAGAUUUAUCUCCAUGCUAAAGUCUAUUCAUUUGCACGUCAACUUGACUUCGAAAAGCUGAAGCAAUUUGCUUUGAACCGUCUUGCUCAGGUUCUUGUUGCCCUCGAGCAAACAGACAAGGUCCUAUUCCCCUACUUGGUGGAUGCAAUCCGACUGGUCUAUAAAACGACCGGUAUUGUUGAUGAUGCGAGGAACCUGUUAUCUCAGUUUGUGGCGCUGCGAUACACUACUCUGAUUGGUGAGAAUUUGGACGAACUUAUCACAGAGGGAGGGGAGUUUGUAGUCGAUUUGUCGCAUAAGCUUGCUCGGAAGCUGACGACCUUCUCAAUGGCGUUCAAGAGGGUUGAAUAUCUUACUCAUAAGAAUGAGGAGUUGAAAACAGAAAGUGCAGAGAAGGAUAAAGAGUUGAAGGCUUUGAGAGAUGAAGUUAGGCGGGGACCGGCACAGGGCUUUCCGACUUUCACAUAUCAGAUUUGA